CGCGCCGAUCAGUUGUGUACGCUGAAACGGUUCAAGUGCAAUUGUACUGUUUUAAAUAUGAAGUUGCUGCUGGUCCAUUCUGUUUUAUUGUAUGUGACAGUCCAAGGUGGACAUUAUAUUAUACCAGGUUCGACGCCUUAUGAUGGAUAUCACGAUUUACAUCUUCAUCACAAUCCCCCAUUACAUCCCACUUUCGCCAGUGUGCCAAGAACCAGUUUUUCUUGUCAAGGAAGAGAUCCAGGAUAUUAUGCUGACGUAGAAACAGGAUGUCAGGCUUAUCACAUCUGCGAACACAAUUCCGUUGGUUCAUUCCUUUGCACGAAUGGAACUUUGUUCAAUGAACAAUUUCAAGUCUGCGAUCAAUUCUAUAAUGUCCGUUGUGGAUCCCCCUAUAUAGAUUUAUAA